UUGUAGUUGUACCCCUGAAAAAAUGCAGGCACAAGUGUUUGGGUUUGGACUGCUGCCGGUUCUUCCUUCCAUCACCACCCUCUCAACCUUCUCAACUUCAUCAAAUCUUUGUAUUCCCAAAUACCCAUGUUUGCUUCCAGUUGUGUGUAGGAGCAAGAAGACAGAAGAUGAACUCUUAUCCGAGCUUCCUAUCGAGUAUCAUGAUGAUGAAUGGCAAGCGCGUCAACGAGAAAAGACAAAAGAGCUGGAGCGAUUACGACAAGAAGAAGACGAGGAAGAAGAUAGAAAAGUUGAUGAGUAUCGUGAAAUUGCUAUGCUGUUGAAGGGUUAUCCUCAAGAAGAGGUUUUUAAAGCAAAAAAAUUGGUGUCCAGUUUUAUCAAAUCUGCCGAAGAAAUUGAAGAGAAAAUCGAGGAAGCUGCCGAGAAAGGUGAAUUGAAUGAACUUGUUCUCAUGGUCAUUUGGACUCGUCUUGACCUUGCUCGCCGUGAUGAAGAAAAAGAUGCAAUUCGAAGUUUAGAUCUUAUAUACAGGCGAGUCGAGACGGAGAUCUUGAAGAAGCAAGCUAGUCCGGCGAUGAGACUACUCAACGAGCUUUUAAUCAUGCACGACGGAUUUGAUGAUGAAGGGUGGCUCAAGGCUUGUAAAAAAUGCAUGAUCAAAACCUUCCCACGAGAAGAUCCGUUUAGUCUCUUGGUGCCCGCAGGGUUCGAUCUUGAUAAGCACCAUGGGCCGCUAGUUAGACCGGCAAUGGAAGCAGAUGAUCUUCUUUUAAGGAUCGAUUUCAUAAGAGAGGUCGAUGAGUUGCUUAAAGAAGUUCGACCUGCAGAAACCGAAGGAUCGAUGGUCGAAGCUUUCGAUCCAGAAUCGGUUGCAAAUAGGUUAAAACAACAGGAGAAGAAGAAGGUGGUUCGCCAAGUUGAAGCUCUUUUAGAUCUUGCCAUUAAACUGAGAUGGUAGCUUCAUAUGUGCACUAAUAGUGUUUUUUUUAUUUAUUAAUUUUAGGGGAUAAUCAUCUGAGUACCCAUAAAAUUACGAGAGUAUUUG